AUGGCUGGAACACAUUUCGAACUCAACACAGGAGCAUUCAUCCCUGCGAUCGGAUUUGGAACCUGGCAGGAUGUUGAGGGGCACGCAAAAGCAGUGGAAACAGCCCUGAGACUAGGAUACCGGCACGUCGACACUGCCAGCAUGUACGGCACCGAACAGGCCGUGGGCACAGGAAUUCGAGCCAGCGGCGUUCCGCGCGAAGACAUAUUCCUGGUGACAAAGCUGUGGAGCAACAAACACGAUCCGGCUGAUGUCGAGUCCGCAAUCGAUGCAUCUUUGAAUGCUCUUGGGACUGAUUAUGUGGACUUGUGGCUCAUGCAUUGGCCUGCGGCCCUCCAAUCGGGAGACGACUUGUUUCCUAAAGACAGCAGCGACUGGCACGGUAUGGAAGCAGUGUAUGGCAAGGGCAAAGCAAGAGCAUUAGGUGUCAGCAACUUUUCGCAGAACGAGAUGGAACGCUUGCUCGAGCAUGGCAAUGUGGUGCCUGCCGUCCAUCAGCUGGAGUGCCAUCCAUACCUGGCACAGCCCAGCUUCAACGACUGGCACAAGGCAAGGAGCAUUCAUGUUACGCAGUUCAACCCGUUCAGCAAUGCGAAUCCGUACUACACGAAGCAUCCACAUGUUGGGAAGCUGCUUGAUCAUUCUGUCAUGGUCGAGGUAGCUGCAAAGUACAGAAAGAGUACAGCUCAGGUCGCCUUAGCUUGGGGUAUUGCACAUGGCCGGACUGUCAUCCCAAAGUCGACGACCGAAUCACGCAUUCGAGACAAUCUCGAGGCUGAUUUCACCCUGGCACCGGGAGAUGUACAGAAGAUUGACAAGCUGGAUCAGAGGCUUCGGUUCCUGGAUGCUUCGGAUAUUUUUGGAUACGUUUUCUUCAGUGAUCUAGAAGACAAACGGGCGUCGGCUGAUGGAACACAGAGGAUGUAG